GGCUAACUGGAGGCCGAAGCAGGGUCGGGAUCUGAGCCUCACUCGGUCCCGCGUCUCUGGGUGCUCUUGGCGGGCUCGUCCCGCGACGAUACUGUUUUCAUUUUCCUUCUUCCCUGCCUCCCUCUUCUGGGUCUCAAGCAGCCAGGCUGGUCUCGAACUUGAUGUGUACCCGAGACCAACCUUGAACAUCUGAACCUCCUGCCUCCUCCUCUUCCCUAACACUCAAGAUUACAGCCUGGGCAGAGUUUUGUUGGGUGCCAACUUGGUAUUUCUGGCACUGGCUUGAAGAUUUCAGAUCUGGAUGAAGCCUAUUGGCUUCUCCAUCUUAAUUCUAAAUUUUUUGUGCACACGUACCCUUGAGUAAUCCAGGAUGGCUACUCUGAUCUUUGUUGACAAGGAUAACGAAGAACCAGGCAGCCGUUUGGCAUCUAAGGAUGGGUUGAAGCUGGGGUCUGGUGUCAAGGCCUUAGAUGGGAAGUUGCAGGUUUCAAAGGCACAAGUUGGCAAAGUGUUCAAUGCUCCAGCCCUGCCUAAGGCCAGCAGAAAGGCUUUGGGAACGGUCAACAGAGCUACAGAAAAGCCAGUGAAGACUAAUAGACCCCUCAAACAGAAACAGCCAACUUUGACUGUGAAAAAGAUCACUGAGAAGGUUGCUAAGACACAAGGCUCUGUCCCCAUCUCCGAGAAGGUUGCUAAGACUCAGGCCUCUGUUCCUGCUUCUGAUGAUACCUACCCAGAAAUAGAGAAGUUCUUCCCCUUCAAUCCUCUAGAUUUUGAGAGUUUUGACCUCCCUGAGGAGCACCAGAUUGCACAUCUCCCCUUGAAUGGAGUGCCUCUCAUGAUCCUGAAUGAGGAGAGCGGGCUUGAGAAGCUGCUGCACCUGGACCCCCCUUCGCCUCUGAAGACACCCUUUCUACCAUGGGAAUCUAAUCCGUUGCAAUCUCCUUCCAGCAUUCUCUCCACCCUGGAUGUUGAACUGCCGCCUGUUUGUUAUGAUGCAGAUAUUUAAACUUACUCCUUUAUAGUUUAUGUAUGUUGUAUUAAUAAAGCAUUUGUGCGUGUA